CGUUCAUCUACGAAGAACGAAAUGUGGCCAUAGCGAUGACCUUGAGGUAGUAGAGAAUUUCGAUAUUGACGUUUACAAAGCCUUUUCCUAUUGGUUCUCCUCACCGCUUGUCACUCAGGACGUCAAAAGUGUCAAAUAUCUCGCCGUUAUAAUUUUCAUCAUUACAAGUGUUUGCGUUGAUUAAUUUCCGUACCUUUAUUUCUCCGUAAUAAUUGUGAUAUUCAGUGCUACUUGGCAUUUUGAUCUUCAAAAUGCUUCGCAAGUGCUGUAUACCCGGCUGUGAUAGCAGUAAUAAACGAAAAGACGUUAUGCUGCACAAAAUGCCAGCAGCCAGUGAAAAAGUGACAAUGUGGUGUAUAAAUCAGCAGUUUUCAACAUGUUGGAAAGUUUGACAUCAAAUGAAAUCGGCAAACUGUACGUUUGCCACAAACACUUCGAAGCCAGAUAUGUCUCUUCGAAGUUGCGCUUACGGCCUAACACGUGUCCAACAUUAUUUACCUACUGAAGAAGAAAUCACCACGGGAACACCGGCUCCCCCUCCGGUUGAACGAGGAUUCAUUGAACUUGAAAUGAGGAACUCUGACCACUCGUAUGCAAGGAGAUGUCAUAUUGACCACACUUAUGCCAUGAGCGCACCAACAAAUAAUUCAGAUGAUGCUGCUGUUUUACCACCAUACAUCACAACUGGAGCUGAUUCAGGUGGAGUUACACUGGAACAUAUUACAUCGAGUGUAGAACUGUCUAUUGAGCCAUCAUCCUGUCUUAAUUCAGAGCGCGUCCAAUCCAGCUCAAGUCAAGCCUGCUCGUCGCGGCUGUGAAGUCAUCGUUUGAGCCAACUUCACCACAAACAGUGGUGGACUCAUCAAAGUCUAAUGUGGCUCAGGCUUGCGUCACAACUCCGGGGCCAUCCGUCAAUUACAAUGACCUUCCUAAAGACGACACUAUGCACUUAAAUGGCCAAAGUCUUAGUGUAGUGUAUGACCCGCCACAUUUAAUCAAAGGAGUGAGGAAUAACUUCUUGACGAAGAAUAUUAUAAUGGACAUCGAAGUGGCA